GUUUUGAGCGUUGCACCAGCAAGCUGUCAAGUCAACAGAAGUAGCUCCUAGCUCACCUGUGAGGGCUUCUCUGCAGGUCUGCAGGAUGGCUCAGACUGACAGCAAGGUGCUCGUCCUGGGAGCACUGGCCGGAGUGACUGGCAUCGGCCUGGCUGUUGUGUGUUACCGUAGUUUAAGGUCUGAGCGAAGACUCUCCUGGCCAGGGUUUUAUCAUAACCGCACCAAUGAACAGGGAUCCGGCCUCAUGUUGGUAGACGGUCCAGGACUUCCCAGGGGUCAGGCAGAGGUCUUGGAGCGCCUAGAGGCCCUGAUCCAGUGUGUAUCUGAGCUGAAAGAAGAGAUGAAGGCGUUGAAGACAGCUCUGCCUGCUCUGCCGGACCAAGUCAGGGAGGAACUGAAGGGGCACAGCGAGACGCGACGAGUUGGCGCUCCUCACAGGACCGCAGCUACUAGGAGGAGAAGAGCAGCAGGCGCCGUAUCCACUGCAGGGGGACAGAGCUCAGAGGAUGCGGAGAGCGAGGGAGGGUACAUGACUGCUCUGACAGACUCUGAUGAAGAAGAUCAAAGUGAGGAAGAGGAAACAGCUGAGGAGCAAACGGCAGAAAAGUUAUCCGUCCUCUUCGAACGAAUCGACCGCUUGCGUCAGGGUGACGAGUCGGACAAAAGGGAAACCCUGAAUAUCCUUUUGGAGCAAAAAGAGGAGUUUGGACAGAGCUCAGAGUUUCUAUGGCGGCUAACCCGAGCUCACUGUGACGUUCAUGACAUCAGCGUCACUCAGGAGGAGAAGAAGACCCAUGCCGAAAAUGGUAAAAAAGUUGGUGAAGAGGCCAUAAGAGUCAAUCCCAGGUGUGCUGAAAGUCAUCAGUGGUACGCCAUCAUGUGUGGAAUCAUGGCAGAGUACGAUACAAUCCAAAACAAGAUAAAGAACGGUUAUAUCUUUAAGGAUCAUCUGGAUAAAGCCAUCGAGCUGAAGCCGCAGGACCCCCUGUCUUACUACCUGCUUGGCCGCUGGUGCUACGCCGUUGCUCAGUUGUCUUGGAUUGAGAGGAAGGUUGCAACAACGCUAUUUGGAGAACCUCCAAGUGCCACGAUUGAAGAUGCAAUGAGGAAUUUUCUGAAGGUUGAAGAGAUUCAUCCCGCCUACUCAAAGCUGAACUACGUGUUCCUGGCUAAGUGUUACAAAGCUUUGGGCGACAAUUAUAAGGCCAGGAAGAUGUGUGAAGCAGCGUCUUCCAUGAACACCGUAUCCAAAGAGGAUGAAGAAGCACAAAAAGAGCUGGAUUUACUCUGCCAAAAACUCUGACUGAGAAGACUUGAGGAAUCAUCCUGAAGCUGCGCUGUAGUUGCUCCUGAUGUAGAUCUAAAACCAGAGGAAAGUGGCUGAAAAUAUCUGUUUGAUUCACUCUGUGAGUGUAACCAUGAUGUUCAAUCAAUAGUGGGACCACAAGGCACCGUCCUUCUCCAUUUUUUUGGUUUUCUUUUCUUUUUUAAACUGAUGUUUUAAUAUCUCAACGGUUAGGUUUUGGUUUCUUAUGAAAUUAUAAGUUUGUUUCUGUCAGAUUUAGCUAUUUGUUGAUUUACAUGUGCUGUGAAGAUCUACUGUACUUUUAUUUUUAUAGGGUUUUUGUUUUGUACUUGCUCCAGACUUUAUACCAUCGGUCACUUCAAUGAUUCAUAAACUAGUGGCGUGGCAGAUGUGGUUGUGAGGAACAGGCAUGAAAUUAAUUUUAGUUUCCAACUGAAAUGAGAGCGAUGGGUCAUAUUCCAAAGUAACUCACAGUGAGAAACAGUUCAGUCUGUGAGCCAAAUUCUACCGUUUACAGGCAGAACAAGUUUUUUUUUUACAAGAAACAGGAAUGAAUCUGAAAGCUCCCCUUGGACUUGCUUCGACAGACUGCAGAUGUGGUUAUUCCCGUCACUGGAAUCGGUAGUGAGCAGAAACCGAUUAUGAAAUAAAAGAAAUAACCUUUCUCACAUUAAAAAGUCAUCCAUAACAAGGUCUUACAGUAAACCAGGGAGAUGCUGAGUCAGUUUUAUUAAGUGAAGUUUGCAAUGCUGUGCCAAAUUUGGGGCACUUUUUAACGCAUCAUUCAGUCUGGAUUAUCCUUACCACUGUAGUUCACUUUGGAAAACCUGCUCUGGUAUUCCCAAACAUUUUUUUUGUCGUUUUUAUAAUCCGAAAGUAGUGAAGUUCUGCUUGAUAGUACUUCUGACUGAAUUUAAGGGUUUGGUUUAUGUUGACGGAUAAGAUGUUCACACUAAAUCAAACACUUUUUAUAGAAUAAAAAACAAGGACGACCUUCUUUAUGCUAUUUAAAGUUGUUCUUGUCUGUGUGACUUUGACGUAUUUUUCAGACUGAGCAUAAAAGCAUAAGGAAAGGUUACGGUAAAUAUUGGCUUAUAGCAGACUUCGUGUAUCUGUUUUUCUCUAAUGGGUUUAGGUUUCCGGCCUUUAACCUCCCUGAUGUCUUUAGGGUCAGAAAAUAAAACCUCCGACAGCUCUGGAUGCAGUGAUGUCAUAACUGCGCACCUUUUUAACCUCAGUCGAUCAUGAAUUUUAAUUCUGAAACUGCACACGAGUAACAGUGAACUCUCCCAUGUUCUUUAGCCUCUGAGAAAGUGAAAUUACUUGAUCAGUGUGGAGGAGGUGAUGAGGAACGGGAAAAAUAUCCCCCAGGAUUUGUUGGAAAAUGCAGCUGUGAAUCAUCUGGGCUCUGAUUUACAUAUUUCUCCCUGAAGCAAACCUGAAUGUCAGACUUUCUACACUUUAUUGCUCUGAUAUGUUUAUUUUUUUAAUGUUCUACAUCAAUGUUAAGAUGUUUUAUUAUUUUUAUUUCUUUAACAUGUAAAGACGAAUCUCAUUACACUUCAUUUAUAUGUAUAAAGUUUGAAACGAUGCUGAUUUAAAGGUUAUUUAAGCUGUAAUCUAAUGAUAAUGUAAAGAAACAUGUAACCGGACUUUGAUCAUCAGGGUUUUUUGUUGUGAUGAAAAAAAAAUCUGUAUAUUGCUUUGUUGUUUUUGUUCAUUUGAAUGUAUCUUAGCUACUAUUGAUUGACUACAUUUGAAUGCCUCAUCUUUAUCCUGUUUCUUUACAUUCCUCAAUGUUGUCUUUAUCUAUUGGCACCUAAUGAAAACAUGCAGAAUGGAUUAUAUCAAGAAGAACAUUGAUUUUCAGUUUGAUGAACCAUUACUGUGUGGAUUUAACCCAGACGUCUUCCACAAGGGCGUCUAAAGAUUUCGAUUUAAGAUGACAGUGACACAAAUGUUUUUACCUAAAGAUGAAAAAUAAAAAAUACAAUUUUUUUUUAGCAGUUUUUCUGCUUUUCUUUAAUGGAAUAGUUGCCUCACAAUUCCACAGCAUAAUAGG